ACGCAAGCCUCUUUGGCGGCGCUCUUGUCGCUAUAGACGAUCUUCGUCCACGAUGUUUCACUCGGACUUUUCAGCUAGCUGCUGCUGCAAUGUAAGAACCUGAAACGAGUAUCCCCGCGCCAGACCGACGGAACAACAUGUCAGGAGCACUACAGGAGACGAAUGGUGAAAGCUGUUGGUGUAUCGGCUCCUUUGAAUCAACUGAGGGAGAUAUGAGAACUUCAAGGACACUACUUUCUCCUGUAAGACCUGACACCCUGGUGUGAGCCAAGUAUCCAGUCUUAGGCAGUCUGAAGCUUACAUUUCAUCCCUAGAGUUGUUAAGAAGACAGAGGAAAACUGCUUCUGUAUUUCUCUGCCUCAAGACCCCUUCUUGACUCUUCCUCAGUCUCAACAUCAAACUCUAAAAUGCUUAGUUAAAGCAGAAACCACUUUGCCUCAGGAGAAAAACCUUUUGUGCCUGCUUGUCUGAGCCCCACGUGAAGGCUUCAAUCUCUGCAUCACUACCAAGAGUUGACAGUCCUGCCGGCUCUCCACCACAGGCGCUCGGCUCAAGUGUUGUACUGCUGUCACUGCAUCUGUGGCGGCAGUUAUGUUUGCUGUUGGUCAGGAGUUAUCAAGAACUUGUAGUCAAUCUAUAGUGACCAACAGGAAGUUUACAACUCUAUCCCACUGGAGCUGACAUCUCAAGAGUAAUUCCUACAGAAGAAACACUUACUGAGAGGAGAGCUACCAGGAGGAACAGGAAAAAGAAGGCUUCUCCACCUCAGGCUUUGGUAUUGUCUCGACUGUUAAUUCCUAUUCUGCCUAUCAGUUCCCACCCGAGACCUCUGCCCCUAAACUCAACCUGUCAGACAUAACCACAUCUUUGUUGAGCGGUGCCAUGCCCACCAAUCAGUCUUCCCCCUGGGGUGGGGCAAAGCUCCGGGCUUGCUCCAACGCAGAUAGUCCCGCCACUACAACCUCUGUCAGUACACAUGCCAAGACAGUUGCGGCCACAAAAGUGCCUUUAACGCUGACGUCUCUCGAGCUGUCCAGGAGAAAGGAUCAAGCCAAACCUCUCUCCUCUAAUGUUGCCUCAUUUGCGUCCCCCUUGAGGCAGAAAGCAGUGGCCCCAUCUGUGGUUCCUGUAGGGGCGAAUGGGGAUGAAAAUAAAACUAACACCCAGAGCCGAUUCACCGCUGUGCCAGAUGGGACUCCAGACCUGCCACAACAACCCAAUGGCAUUCAAAACACAAACCAGGUACUGACAGCAGGACUGAAGCAGGCUGGUAGCAGCCUCGCAGAGACCAGUACCGCUUCCUUUAUCCCCAGGAAGGAGCGCCAGAUUGGGUUUAAUGUCCAGCUGAUGGGCACUAUGCAGGAAUGUGUGUCGCUGCAAACGUCGCAACCUGGAAACAGUUUGGCAACAAACAGAUGUCAAGCUGCCAUGGGUGAUGGGCCGCUGGGAUUGGAGUCAUUAUGUCAUCAAGACCUGGUUAUCAAAGGACAGCCCACUCUGCAGCAAACAUACAAGCUCAUGCCUGAAGCUGCAGACUGUUCCUCCUCGCCAUCAGUGCCUCCUCUGUGCCUUACUCUUUGCGAACAUCAGGGGGCAGCAUUGGGAAAGGAUGCCUCCAGCCUGGACAGCACAGCAGUAGGAACAAGAAGCACAUCAGGGGAAACAACAACUACAAGAAGGAGCCACUCUGCUAAACAAGCAACAAAAUGCAGUCAGACCCAAAACGGCUGCACAACAGUAACUGCUUUAAACAAUCAGUUGGUAGUGAGAGGUGGUCCUCCAGCAACAACAAACAGCAAACCCCAAACAGUAGCACCACUCGACUUAAAGCAGGCUCCAGCAAAUCAGUGUUUACUGGGUCGCACCUUGUCGACAUGCAAAAGAAUCAGCCCUCCAGCAGUCAGUCCCUUUCCACAUGGCCCCAUGCCAAAUGUGCACAUUGCCAAUGUCAGUGCCACUCAGGAGAAGCAGGACACACCGCUGGAUGCCAUCACAGCUGUGGCCUCCAGUCCUGCAGGAGCCUUGGUUGGCUCUGUGACCACUCAGAUCUCUGCCAUCCACCUAACCAGGGAUGGACAUCCUGUGUCCAUGUCGGCUUCACCCCCAUUCAUUUCUUCACCCUCGCCAACAGAGGAGUGUCUAAAUGGAGAGACUCAGCUGUCUGGCCAGGAUUAUGUUAUGCAGGUGGAUGGAGUUGAGGAGGAGCUGCCUGAUGAGCUGGAAAACGCCUGUAGUGAUGACGAUGACUCAGACUGUUCGUCCAUCAAUGGUACCUCAUCCACAGCAUCCAUCGGGCUCCUCUCUAGUGUUGAAGAGCCGAUGUCAUUGGGGACUGAAGAUGAUAGAGAGGAGAAACCAGCUUUGGUUCCCAGUCUGUUCCCCUUCAUCCCCCCAACACUUUACUUCAGCACGGCCAAUGAGAAAGUGGAACUGCUGCCUGUUGAACAAAGACGACUGUUGAAGUGGAAGAUCAGUACUGUCACUCCAAAUAUCGUCAAGCAUACCAUCAACAGGUCACACUUCAAAGCCACCAAAAAAAGCCAUGACUGGUUGGGCUGCUGGGGACACCACAUGAAGUCUCCCGGCUUCAAGGCCCUUGGAGAGCACCAGAAGUUGAACCACUUCCCGGGAACCUUUCAGAUUGGCAGGAAGGACCGGCUGUGGAGGAACCUGUCCAAGAUGCAGGCCCGCUUUGGCAAACAAGAAUUCAGCUUUUUCCCCCGCACCUUCGUCCUUCCUCAGGACAUCAAGCUGCUACGCAAGGCCUGGGAGGACGGCGGCUCCAGGCAGAAAUGGAUCAUCAAACCUCCUGCGUCAGCCAGAGGAAUAGGUAUCCAGGUCAUUCACAAAUGGAGCCAGAUGCCCCGCAAGAGACCGCUACUGGUCCAAAAGUACCUUCACAAACCCUACCUCAUCAGUGGUAACAAGUUUGACCUGCGGAUUUACGUCUACGUGACCUCCUAUGAGCCGCUCAGAAUUUAUAUCUUCUCUGACGGAUUGGUCCGUUUUGCCAGCUGCAAGUAUUCGUCUUCCAUGAAGACUCUGGGAAACAAGUUCAUGCACCUGACCAACUACAGCGUCAACAAGAAAAACUCUGAAUACCAUAUGUCAGAGCCGUACGUUAACAGCCUGCUGAAGAUGCACGUCCGGACACCUUACAGCUGCCACGAGCUGUUUGGCUUUGACAUCAUGCUGGAUGAGAAGCUCAAACCCUGGAUCCUGGAGGUCAACAUAUCACCAAGCCUCCACUCCAACACAGCGCUGGAUGUUUCGGUCAAAGGUCAGAUGAUCAGAGACCUCCUGAACUUGGCAGGCUUCCAUAUUCCCCUCAAAGAUGAAGUGGUUGCCCCCUGCAGUAGCACCUCCAGCUCCACCAGCAGUCUGAGUGGGGGGAGCAGGGAGAAGACCAAGCUGGAUCUGUCUGCUGAUGAGAAGGUCAAACGGGCCUUUUACCUCACGCAGCGCUACGCUGACCAGGACUUCCUCUCUACAGUGUUGGAUGUCUUGACUCCAGAGGACGUUCGUGUGUUGGCAGAGAGUGAAGACGAGCUGAGUCGGCGAGGACAGUUUGAGCGCAUUUUCCCAUCACCAUCCUCAUCCCGCUACCUUCGCUUCUUCGAGUGUCAGAGAUACGUUAACAUCCUGCUGGACCAGUGGGAGCAGAAGUACUGGAACAACAGGACUAAAGGUAUCAGUCUGCUGACGACUCUCUGUGAAAAGGGAGUCCAUCUUGGAACCAACGACCCUGAUCACAUGUGGUCCAAAUGUAGCUACGUGUCAAGGUUUGAACCCCACAGACAAGAGCCUGUUGGCCCAUUGAGAUCCAGGGUGGUGGUCACCCAUCAGCACCGCUCCCAUCGGGAUGAUGAUGAUGAAGGUUCAGAUGGGGAGGCUGCUUCAGUCUCCAGCCUGCCUGUUACACCAAGUCCUGGAUCCAGUGUCACCAGCAGUGCCUGUGCAAGCCCUCAGCCCAGCCUCAGCCAGAGCCUCCUGCCCCAUCAGUUCACCUCGCUCUGAGACUCGGUUUGCUAACACAGUGUUCAGCACCCAGAACAGACACAGAGUUUAGGGUCCGCGAGUCCUAAACUCCUCUCACACACCCCUCUAUUGGUCUUACAUGUCGAACAGCUGGAGGAAUAUACUUAGAUCUGUAAGCUUGAGCCCAGUCUGAACAAACACUGUAGAAUAGAGUGGACUUUGGUCUCUAACAGAAUUAUAGAUGGCUAUUAAUAGGAAGUACUACAGUAACUAUAUACAGAUUUGAUUUCGUGCAGAAAAUGGUGGCAGAAAUGUUUUGAAUGCUUCAUAUUUAAGUGCUAAAAUCAACACAGCAGUCAGUUCAUGGUGGCGUACGGUUUCAAAUCUUUCUAAUAACAAUGAUUGUUAUGUUUUAUCUAAUUAACUACAACUCAGUAACAUGCCAACGAUUGUCAGACUGUAGAUGAAAUGUAUUCUGAGCUUCGUAGCAGCCAAUGAUUUCAAUUAAUUCUGUGAGGUGUAAAAAUCGUCCUGCAGAAACAUAAAUCAUGCUGGAGAUACAUGAUCACUCACAGUGAGCUUCCUGUUUCUCAAAUUUACAUUGUUACAUGUCUUAACCAGGUGAUCAUGGUGUGAUUGGAAAACAGUAGAAGCAGACGUAACAGGUGUGACAGUUUGAGCACUACAUCAGACCGUGUAUUAUCUUUACCUCAUCACAUUAUUAGCAUGUGAGCAUGCUCAUUAAGGCCAGGUACAAAAUGAGCAUGCUCACAUGCUAAUAAUGUGAGCAUGCUCAUUAAGGCCAGGUACAAAAUGAUACUAUACUGCAUGAAAAAAAAUCAGCUGAGGAAAGUAUUCAGAAGAUGUAGCAAAAUAUCAACAAAAAACGCAGUUGUCCAGCAGCCUUGCUCAACUUUGCCUCAAUGCAAAUGUCAAUGUCAGGCAAGACAAGGCAUCAAGGAGUUAGCCACAUGCCUGGUCCAUUCUUAAUUUUGCUGUUUUCACCGUUAUGGUCCUGACAGAAGAGAUUUGAUAUGAUAACUUAUAAUCCACUGUUCAGUAUUUCGCCAUAGAUAGGUAUUAAAACUCAUGGAUAGAGUUAGGACACUGUAAAAGCUUUGUAACCAGUUUUGUAUUGAGCUGAACACUGGACUGUGUGUACCAAAAUUUACCACUAGGUGUCGCACUUGGCUCAGCAGCUGCUCCUGAGUGAAACAUAAUGACAGUGUCCCAACAGCAAGCGAGCGUCCAACUAUCGUGUUGCAUCUUGUAACAUCGGUGGUGUAUGCACCUCUGUUAGACGCUUUAUGUAGUGACAUUUACUAUGGUCAUUUAUCAGAAACUAUCAGCUCCCUGGCGAUCUCCCUUCAGCCAACUGCCACCUUAAUUUGGUAGAGGUGUCGUCAAUAACUACUCAUUUCAACUUUAUUAAGCAACCGUUCCCUCAUCUAUUGCGGCACUUUCAAAGCGAGCGACAUGAAUAAAUAGUAAUGCGGCGUCUGAAAUAAGUUCAGCUCAAAAUGACGCAAACUUUGCUCAAGGCCAGUUAGGACAGUUUUUGUCAAAAAUGUUGCCAUACUGGUGCAGUUGUAGUUUUCUUGAGAGACUAACUCUGCCAUGUCUCAUCUUGGCAGAAAAAAACACGGGAACUUUCUCGUAAACAAACAGCUUGCAUCACUCGUCACCCCUCCCAUCCCCCACCUCUGCUGAAAUUUGAUCUUCUUUAUGUUGCUCUCUUGACUCAGCAGUAAAUAACACAUGGCCUAGGGGCUUCAUUAGGCCUUUUUGUAAACAAACAUUAUAUUGUUAACCAUGUUUUCAUGUGUCAUUUUACUACUGUAAUAUAAGUUUGAUUUAGCUCUGUUACGCCAUCAGCACAGGACGCUGAUGUAAGCUACUUGCUUUUUUUGUCAGAUUUUUUGCCCAGAAUGUGUCAUAAUGAUGACAAAUGGCAGUUUAGCUAUUUUGGAUAAAGUCAAACCCAUUUAAGCUCAUACAUCUGACUGGAAAUUGACUCAUGGCUGUAUCACUCAAAUUAGAUGGUACUUCAUCUUCUCACUGGCACCUGUAGUCACUUGUGUUUUUAAAACGUGGUGCCAUUUUUGGUGAAUAAUACAAGCGUUGUUCCUCACUGGCCUUAAGUACUUAACUUAAACUGUGAAUACGACACACUGGGCUUCCUCACAACCUCCACCACAAAGCAGCGUUAGCAUACAAGGCUGUUGGUUUGUGUGUUUGAUACACUCACAUUAGCAAGAACAAAACUGCAAAGCCAACACAACCUUACAGAAUUCAGUGGUCCAAAGUUGAAGCGACAAAUGAAGACACAAUACUGUGAUUUCUCUCAUGUCUUCAAUCUGAGACUGUUGUUGGUUUGGUGUUAAGAGGACUGCUGAGCAACUGAUUGCACAAGUGUCACAUUACUACUGGCCUUAUGGACUCAAACUCUUCUUUGAUGUGUGGGAGUGAGGGAGCGAUCACACCAAGAUGAAACGCCAGAAACGCGACGCCAGUAACACCAUUGUUUUCCUAUGAUACGGCGCAUCUGACCGACGUUCAAGUGUCUUUUUAUACGGGCGUUUUUCCGGCGUCUUUUCAGACACACGUUUUAGUAGACGCAUCUUUUUAGACGUGCGUAGAUGCUGAAAAGUUAAAAUAUUUUCAACUUUUUGAGCGUCAGACACCAGUAGCUAGUGCGCAUUGAAUAAGCGCUUCCAGCGUUUCAAGCGUCUUUGAAGCAUCCGCGUCUCUAGCGGCUCAUUUCUGUGUGAUCGCCCCCCAAAACAGGCGAAGAAAAAGGGCUCAAAUGAGGGGACGAACAGGGAGUUGGGGCUGACCAGAUUUUGUGUGGUGUGUGUUGAGAUCUCUGCAGAUUAUUUUAAACAUCUCUAAAAGUGUCAGUACUUGAUUUUAUUUCUACUGGUUGGUGGUGUUACUGGUGUGUUUGACAAAACCUCAUUUAUUGAAUGAUGUUGACUCAUGACAAUUAGAGAUACUUGAAGAUGAAACCUAUAUUACUUGGUCUUACAUGCAUGUUAGCAGAUAAAAAACUAAUAUUACCAGUGGCAAUUGUAAUUUUAACUUAGAGCAGUUUAACUCUGUCAUAUUGAAAUCAUUGCAUAACUACUUUACUUUAAAAAAGGGCUUUCUGUGUGAUGAUUACUUGUACAUGAAUUAUAGUAUAUAGAAUUAAAUAGAAUAUAUCUUGAAAGCUGCCAAAUCCAAGUCGAGCGCCAGAAUCUAACCCUGCAGAACCCGACGGUGUGUUUUCACAAACAGAAAUUUAUUUUAGAAAGCACCUCUUAAACUCAUUCACACUGUGAGUUGAGGGGUAAUUAACUGUUGGAUUAGGGUUCAGUGUUUCCUGCUUAAGGGGAACCCGUUUAAGAUUUCCUAUUGUAUCCUCAGGGAAAAUCUUGUUUUCAAAAUGUAUACAUCUACUGUGAGGACACUACUUGAAGUUGCAAAUGCUUGGGUACACUUUCUCUUAGAGCCAACAUCCUUUAUGACAAACUGACAGGCAGAACUGGUUGUAGAUGAGAAAGGUGUAACUGUCACAUGAAAACAUCCACUUCUUUCUUUGUCUUUGUCUUACCCACGUGAGUAUUUGAAAUUUUUUGAUGUCAUCAUGACAAGACCCGUCACGAUAUUUUCAUUUUGAGACCAUUUGCUGUCAGUGAUAUAAUGAUAAUAGCAUUAUAAUGCGAGUACACCCUUUCAAAGAGCAGUGAACUUUUAAUUCCUGAGAAUUUUCAGAUAUUUUAAUUGGAAUAUGAAAAAAUAUUUAACUUUUUUUUUUUUCUU